GUUGUAAAACUGUGUGGUAGCGCUUUUAUUGUGAAAUUAAAUUAACCGGAAGUAUUGCUAGCGCAGCUAGCAAUGGACCGGUCUGGAGAAGCAGCGUGGAGGCCGCCCCGGUCCUGUGAUGACUAUUGGAGUGAAUUCAGACAUUGCAAAAGCUUGAGGAAUUGUUUUCACCACUAUUACACGUAUGGUACCUCCCCAUCUUGCAAGCAGUGGAAAGAGGACUACCAUAACUGCAAAGAGUGGGAGAAACACAGAGGCGCCGAGGCCAAGGACGCCUUGCAGAAGAGUGAGAGGAACAGAGUGGCAGAGCAGAGAAACUUCACCCCAGUAUGGGAACUGAGACGAGACCCUCCCAGAGACUGGCACAUGCCCUUGAACCAGGAAAAUCCUCAGGACUCCUGAACUGUCACUAUUAAUCUGCCAUCUGUUCCAUGGUGGCCAAAGUAAAAUGAAGAUUUGAGAAUUUAA